AAAAUGUGCUUUAUUAAUGAAAAUCAAUUAGUAUACGAAUUUAAUAAAUUAAAUAUUUCUGAUAAAGAUUCUAAUUCCGUGAAAAUUAAUCAUAAAAAUUGUUAUGACCCAGAUAAUAAAAAAUUUUGGUGUAAAGAAUGUGUUCCUCGCUGCAUAGUUGAAGGAUGGACCAGUGGAAAUGAUGAUAUUGAUAAAUUUAUCAAGGAUACGAUUUAUAAUGCAAAUGAUCAUUAUAUUUAUCCAUUUUUUCUUGAAUGGAUUCCAUUUGAUAGAUUUAAAGAUAUGAAACAAAUAGGUGAAGGUGGAUUCGCAAAAGUUUAUUCUGCAACUUGGAUUGAUGGUAUAACAAACUAUAUUAAACAAGAUGAUGGAAAUUGGAUAAAAAGAGAACCUGAAUCCAUACAAGUUGCUUUGAAAAGGUUGAAUGGAUCACAAAAUAUAUCAGCUGAUUUUUUAAAUGAGCUUAAAACACAUUGGAAAUUAAAUUUCUUACAAGGUAGUUCUUUAACAUUUUAUGGAAUAACUAAAGAUCCAGAAACUGAAGAAAUUAUGAUGAUUAUGCAAUAUGCAGAAGAUGGAAAUUUGAGAAAUGUUCUUUCAAGUAAUUUUAACAACAUUUUUUGGGAUAAGAAAAUUGGUUAUUUAUUGGAUUCAACACAAGACCUUGAAAGUUUACAUAAACUAGGAUAUUUUCAUAAAGAUUUUCAUAGUGGAAAUAUAUUAAAUAUUGGUGUAACUUCUUAUAUAUCAGAUUUUGGAUUAUCUAAACCAUCAAAUGAACAAAAAUUAGAUAAAAUAUAUGGUGUUUUGCCAUAUAUUGCCCCAGAAGUUUUAAAUGGAGAACCAUAUACAUUACCUUCAGAUAUUUAUAGUUUUGGUGUAGUUAUGGCUGAGUUAUCAUCUGGAAAACCACCUUUUCAUAAAAGAAAACAUGAUAAUAGUUUAGCAUUAGAAAUAUAUAAUGGUCUCAGACCAGAAUUUGGAAAGGGAACUCCUAAAAUUUAUAAGAAAUUGGCACAUAGAUGUAUGGAUGCUAAUCCAAAUCAAAGACCAACAGCCAGUAAACUAUAUGAAAUAUUAAAAUGUUGGUAUUAUUAUGAUGAUAAUGAGAAAUAUGGAUAUAAAGGAGAGGAGGUUAGAAUUGCAUUUGAAAAAGCUAAUAAGGAAAUACCAAAUAUUUCAACCUUACAUGAAAAAGAUCCGGAUGCUAUUUAUACUAGUAGAGCAUUUACAUUUAAAAAUUUGUUAAAACCAAUUAAUUCAACUUUUAUUGCUACUAUAUAUCUUAAUGAAGAAGAUAAUGAAGGUUGUCAGGAUUCUCAAUUAGCUGGCUUAGAGAUUUCUAGCUCAUUAAAUUAA